AUGAACGCCACGAGAAGACUGCACCAAGCCUCGUCAAGCCUGGCAUCCGUCAAGGAGCAGUUGGUCUCGGCAACCAAGCAGCGAGACAGUCUCAUGGAGGAGCUGUCCUGUCUGGAACGCGAUCACAGGGCGCAGAUAGAACAGAUGAAAGAGGCACACGAGACUGAUAAGAUGAUGCUGCUGAAGGAAGAGGCCAUGAGAAGGACGAUGCUCAUGGAGCAAGCGACGAAGCAGCACCUGGAAGAGAUGCACGCACUGAGGGUCAGCCACUCGACGAAACUGGAUGAGGUGCAGCAAUCGAGUGCCAGGCUGAUUCAGAUGAAGGAAAUGAAACUCAAUGAAGAAAUGAACAGUAUGACUAAGAACCAUGAACAGACCAAGAAGGUAGAGGAGAUAACGAUGAGGUUCGAGCAGAUGAAGUUGACGAUGCACGAGCGAGUGGAGUGUCUGCGGGCGGAGUGCGACAGCAUGCGACACCGCGAGUCCUCCUUCAUGGAGUCCUGCCAGCAGGAGGCGCAAAUGCACGUACAGAACUGCCUAGCCAGGUACAAACACCUGCCGCAAGAGAUCGAGAGCUUGAAGGCCGUGCUCGACCUAAAGAAUAAGGAGAUGCAUGCCCUGAGGAUGCAAAACAUGGAGUUGAUGAAGGAGGUUUGUGUGCGUGCGUGUGUCAAGAAGAUGUUGAAGACGUUGGAGCAGAAGUUGGAGAACCUCCAGGCCAUAGCUGACAUGCGCGCUGAUCAAGAGAAAGUUUCUGCAGAAAAAUAUCAGAUACUGUUUCGAAAACUGGAGAGAGAGACGAAAGCCAACAAAAGAUUAUCUAUGGACAAGGAGGAAUUGAUGUACAAGCUCUCAACCUCAUUAUCCUCGACACCGAACAACAGCAGCUUGAAUGUGGCUCCAACAGCUACUACAACGGCGACAACAACGAUGUUGUCGAGCGUGCAGAAGCGACAACUACUACAAAAUAAUAAUAAUAACUUUCCUUUCUCAAUGUCGGCAUCUUAUACAUCUGGUGUUACUCCGUUAGGUUUUUUGAAAAAUAAUAAUAAUAAUAACAAUGUUGCCGGAAGUAAGGCUAGUUGUAAGAGUGCCCCAAACAACAACAACAACAACAGCAAUAAUAGUAAUAAUAAUAAAAAUGACGACAAUGAUGAUUUUCCAACUUCUACAACUCCAGGUGUGUUGUUUGUUUGA